GCAGGGCCGGCGGUGGGAGCUGUCGCUGGUUCGCUGGUGUGGGCCGUUGGGUCGGCGCUCGCUCUCCUCCCGCUCUGCCCUUCGCCGGGUCAGGGCCUCGGUGGCCCGGCGCCAGCCCGUCAUGGUGCCGUCGGCGCGCCCCGCGCGGCCACGCUGAGCCUUGGUGCGGCGGCGAGCGCGGCUCGGGGUCACCAUGCCUACCCGGGUGUGUUGCUGCUGUUCUGCUUUGCGUCCUCGAUACAAACGCUUGGUGGACAACAUAUUCCCUGAAGAUCCAAAAGAUGGCCUUGUUAAAGCUGAUAUGGAGAAACUGACAUUUUAUGCUGUGUCUGCUCCAGAGAAACUGGAUCGAAUUGGUUCUUACCUGGCAGAAAGGUUGAGCAGGGAUGUUGUCAGACAUCGUUCUGGGUAUGUUUUAAUUGCUAUGGAGGCAUUGGACCAACUUCUUAUGGCUUGCCAUUCUCAAAGCAUCAAGCCAUUUGUAGAAAGCUUUCUUCAUAUGGUAGCAAAGCUGCUGGAAUCAGGGGAACCAAAGCUUCAAGUUCUUGGGACAAAUUCCUUUGUGAAAUUUGCAAAUAUUGAAGAAGAUACACCGUCCUAUCACAGACGUUACGACUUUUUUGUAUCUCGCUUUAGUGCCAUGUGUCAUUCCUGUCAUAGCGAUCCAGAAAUACGAACAGAAAUCCGAAUUGCUGGAAUCAGAGGUAUUCAAGGCGUGGUUCGCAAGACGGUUAAUGAUGAACUUCGGGCUACCAUCUGGGAGCCUCAGCACAUGGAUAAAAUCGUUCCAUCCCUACUGUUCAACAUGCAGAAGAUAGAAGAGGCGGACAGUCGCAUAGGCCCUCCCUCUUCUCCUUCCGCAGCUGACAAGGAAGAGAAUCCCGCUGUGCUGGCUGAAAACUGUUUCAGAGAACUGCUGGGUCGAGCAACUUUUGGGAAUAUGAAUAACGCUGUUAGACCAGUUUUUGCACAUUUAGAUCAUCACAAACUGUGGGAUCCCAAUGAAUUUGCAGUUCACUGCUUUAAAAUUAUAAUGUAUUCCAUUCAGGCUCAGUAUUCUCACCAUGUGAUCCAGGAGAUUCUAGGACACCUUGAUGCUCGUAAAAAAGAUUCUCCACGGGUUCGAGCAGGUAUUAUUCAGGUUCUGUUAGAGGCUGUUGCCAUUGCUGCUAAAGGUUCCAUAGGACCCACGGUACUGGAAGUCUUUAACACUCUUUUGAAACAUCUGCGUCUCAGCGUUGAAUUUGAAGCAAAUGAUUUACAGGGGGGAUCUGUAGGCAGUGCCAACUUAAACGCAAGUUCCAAAGACAAUGAUGAGAAGAUUGUACAGAACGCUAUCAUCCAAACAAUAGGAUUUUUUGGAAGUAACCUGCCAGAUUAUCAGAGGUCAGAAAUCAUGAUGUUCAUCAUGGGGAAAGUACCUGUUUUUGGAACGUCCACCCAUACCUUGGAUAUCAGUCAACUAGGGGAUUUGGGAACCAGGCGGAUUCAGAUAAUGUUGCUGAGAUCUUUACUUAUGGUAACCUCUGGAUAUAAAGCAAAGACGAUUGUUACUGCCCUGCCUGGGUCUUUUCUGGAUCCUUUGUUAUCACCAUCCCUAAUGGAAGACUACGAACUGAGACAGUUAGUCUUGGAAGUAAUGCAUAAUCUCAUGGAUCGCCAUGACAAUAGGGCAAAGCUUCGAGGGAUCAGAAUAAUACCAGAUGUAGCUGAUCUAAAGAUAAAAAGAGAAAAAAUUUGUAGACAAGACACAAGUUUCAUGAAAAAGAAUGGGCAGCAGCUAUAUCGGCACAUAUAUUUGGGCUGUAAAGAGGAAGACAAUGUUCAGAAAAACUAUGAGCUACUUUAUACUUCUCUUGCUCUUAUAACUAUCGAAUUGGCCAAUGAAGAAGUGGUUAUUGAUCUUAUUCGAUUGGCCAUUGCUUUACAGGACAGCGCAAUUAUCAAUGAGGAUAAUUUGCCAAUGUUCCAUCGUUGUGGAAUCAUGGCGCUGGUUGCUGCAUACCUCAACUUUGUGAGUCAAAUGAUAGCUGUCCCUGCAUUUUGCCAGCAUGUUAGCAAGGUUAUUGAAAUUCGAACUAUGGAAGCCCCUUAUUUUCUCCCAGAGCAUAUUUUCAGAGAUAAGUGCAUGCUUCCAAAAUCUUUAGAGAAGCAUGACAAAAAUUUGUACUUUUUGACCAACAAGAUUGCCGAGUCCCUAGGCGGAAGUGGCUAUAGUGUUGAGAGAUUGUCAGUACCGUACGUACCACAAGUAACAGAUGAAGAUCGACUUUCUAGAAGAAAAAGUAUUGUGGACACUGUAUCCAUUCAGGUGGAUAUUUUACCCAACAGCGUUCCUUCUGAUGAUGUGAGCACAAGAGUGUACCCUCCUGAGUUAUAGGAAGCAACAGCAGCCAGUGUUCUCUAGGACUUAUUCCACACAAGUCACCAGAGAAUUUUUUGAUAGUCAAGUAAAAAUGCCACAAUACCAGCAUGACAAGUCAGCCUCCUCCUUGUGGUUUAUCCAUUGUUUGCCUUCCUAGGUAUUUCAUUAUUUCUUAUUGAUACAAUAUAAAUAAUUAAAAGAAUAUCUCUCUAAGAAAAGGGGAAGGAAGUUGUCUGAAUUCAUGCUUUCUCAGCCUCCUUUCUCCUCCCCCUUCCAAUCCCUGUCAGUUAAUUUGUCUUCAGGAAUUAAAACUAUUUGGUGGCUAGGGUACAGCUGACUAACUUAUAUCCUCUCUGCUGUUUAACUCUCCAUUAUGUAAAAUUAAUCAGUAUUAUUAAAUUACUAGAGCAUCAAGAAUCAUUGAAGAGGCAGUUAGUAUAAAUUUUGAAACUUAGGGCAUUAAGGUUGGUUUAAAGUUUCUUGCCAAUUUAAGGCUCAAGAAAAAUCUUCCCAAAAUUGACCUCUUCAAAGCCAUUUUAAUUUUUUUACACACUACUUACUUGUAAGGAGGGUAUCUUGUAAGCUCUGUCUUUGAAUGAUUAUGAAUUUGUUGUUAUUACCUUUCAGGAAAGAAAUUCAUCCAAAGCCUUGGGUUAUACACUUUAUUUUGUCAAGAGUACAGUAUAUUUUGUUGACUGGUAUUAUUCCAGUCUCCUUUUAUUAGGCAUUUUUAUUUCUUUUAUAAAAAUAUAUGCGUAACACUUAACACUGUUGUAAAGAAUUAGUCUAUUUUGAUAAAAUGAACUGAAAAAAAAUUUGCAUAAUGACUUAAUAUAGGAGGAAGAUUCUUGAACAUGAACUUUACAUUGAAAGUCCAUUAAUACAUUUGUUAACUUGUUAAAGAUCCUGUUGUUUUCUUUUUGCUGUAAGUUCUAAGUCAGAUAUGCCUUACACUGAGCAUUUGAAAAGUUAAGUACAGUGUAGUGUAAGAUUCUCUUGAGCACAUGGAGUUACACACUCAUUUACCAUUAUGGAAUCUGAUUUUGCAUUUUAGGAAUGAUUAUUCAAAUACCAGAAGACAGAAUAACAUGACCUUCUAGGCUAGAACUAAUUAAUUUCAUAGCAUGGACAGGAGAAAUUUGCAUCAGUUAGGUAAUCAUCAGUUAAUCAAACUAUGAAUCAGUAUAUUUGCUAACAAUGAAUCAGAUAAGGAAAUUGCUCAUUUGAAAAAUUUGAAAUUUUGUAUACAUAAUCCCAGUUACUCCUCAGAUAUAUCUGGUACCUGCUUUUAGAGCUUAUAAUGUAAAAAAAAAAAAAAAGAAUCAGAAGAUUGUUUAGAUGGAGAUCCUAGCAAUCUUCUGUUUUCCCUAGAUAUAACUCAGAUUGCUACUAUAGUCUUUUGAAAUACCUGGUCCUGAGGUAUGUCAAUUCCAGCAUUUGCAAUUUAAACCUUAGCCUACCGUGAAUCACUUAGUGAACUUUGCCAUAUAUAUAUGAAGAUACCUAAAUAAAGAUACCACAUGUAUAUAUAUAUAUAUAUGAAGAUACCUAAAUAAAAUUAAGGUAUUCAAGAAGAUAAAUGGCUAAAAUGGAAUAGAGGCAUCUCUGCCUCCUGAGAUAAAAUUGUCAGCUUGACUAAUAGAAUAAAGCGCCCUAGGUCUGAUUCUCUGAUCUCUGGUGCUCUCUUUGGGCACUGUAGGCAUGAAUGAUAUGCAUAAUGAGUAUGAAUAAACCCUGAAAUCGCCACUUAGUUCUUUUCCCUAAAAGGUAGUAGUCAGUGCUUGAUUAUUUGGGGGAAUGGGUGGGAAGUUAUAUAAUACUAAAUUUUGAGUGCAUGUUAAAUUAUUCUGAGCACAAAAUUAAGUCACUGGUUGGCUGGAAAGGAUUAUUGUUUAUUCUAGGACAAAUAACAGAUCUUUGUUUUAUACUUACAUACUCCUACCUUCUCCCCAGAUAUAACUGAAGAAACCUUGCAUGUGUGCUAACAAAGCAAGUCUAGUGUCAAGUCAAGGUUAUUAGUCAGAACCUGCUGUGUGCUAGGUGCUGGAGAAUUACGAAGGUAUCAGUGCAAGUGCCUAACAACUAGUAUGAUGGGGAAGAGAGGAAUAGCAGAUUUUGUACAGGCCCAGGGGUGUUGCACAGUCUAGGUUAGAGUUGUAGAUCAUGAGUAAGGCAAACAUCAUAAAGAGGAAAUCAAAGGAAUGUUGAAACUCCUCUAGGAUGAUGCCUUUGUACCAUUUUUCCAGAAUACCAACACAACCAAUUUUUCCUCUAGAGUUGGAACAGAUCGUAGUUUGGUUGAACACCAAAUGAUGUAGGUGGAUUGCAUUUAGCAGCUAUAUCAUAUGAAAAAUAGGAAUCAUUGAACAGUAGUAUAAAGCAGUUGGUCUGUUUUUUCCUUUUUAGUUGGAUUCACAGAAGGGAACAGUGGGAAACAAGACUGAAGCAAAAUUAUAGAAGGUUUUAUCACCAGCCUGAGGGCUUCAUAUGUGAUUUGAUAGGAAGUAGGGAAACACUGAAAUUCAGGCAGUGUCACUGUAGAGCUCUGCUUUCAUAGAAGAGUCUCAGACUGUAACUAGGCUAAAUUGGUAAGAAGAGACUGGAGGAAGAGAGGCCAGUUUGGGUAUCCUUGUAAUAGUCCACACUUAAGGUGAUGAGCAUCUGGAGUGGCCAGGCUGGAGAUGGGAAGAGGGGCAGGAGUACCCUGAUCUAGAGGCACAUGGGGAGGACCAGCAAGGAACUUGAAGGGAUUUAGAGAAAGGAGGUAAAAAAUAAGAAAGUAGAGGGACAGAAUGACUUGGGAGUUUUCGAUGCUAGGAGACUGCAUCAUAAUUAUCUGAGUUAAGGAAAACAAGAACAAAUAGGGAAGAAGAGUUAUUAGGUAAAGUACUUCUAGCUUUUCACUUACCCAAGAUUGAACAGGUAAUAAGUAAAAAUUACAUGACAAGAAUACUGGCCUUCUCACUUCUCUUGCGUUCUUUCUCCUGUACUGUAAUUGUUUCUUAGAGUCUAAAGCUCUUAACCAGCUUUAAGAACAGUAGUGAGUUUUUUCAUUGAAGAACUAGAUUGCGUCUAGGUACAAGUAGUUGACCAUCCAGAGCCUAAUCUUGUAUAUCUGCUCCAAAUAUCUAGAACAAAGCAACUGAAGAUCCCCAAGUUUAAUCUGACUUCAACUAGACAUAUGAACCCUCAGUAGAAAAACUGAGGUAGUGGAACUCUUGCUGCUUGAUUUCCAGCUAAAGCCUUUGUAUUACAGAGAAGCUAAGGUGCAAAGCAUGAAGUCCUUUGCUUUCAUUAGUCUUGCUGCUUUAGACUAGCAGAAGAAGCCCAUGAGCUAAAAUUAGGGAUGACCAGAAUCCCAGGCAAGUACUCAUGUAUCACUUCUUAAUUUUUAUUCAGAGAAACUGUAGUAACUGGAUAUUAUUCCUCCUGUAAAUGUGUUGGUGCCACAAAAAAUAUUACUGACUUUUUUUUUUAAUCAUAAAGCAGUUGAUUUCAUACCUUUUACCUAUCUCAGAGCAAGAGAGAGAGACUUGAAAACCCUAAGUUAAAGUUUAUAUCUGGAGAAUAAAACUUGUUGGUUGAUCUUAAAAGAUCCAGUAUAUGAUUAUUUUAAGAUGUUAGUUAACUGUACUCAUUGAACACUUCCCAAAGUAGUGAUUCUUGCUUUUAAACCAUUCAGAGUUUUAGAUUAUUUCAUUUUUGAUUUGUAAACUCUAUGUGGUACCAAAAUUAUGGAGGCUAAGUUUUCAAUUAUUACACAGCUGAAACUAUAUAUAUACACACAUAUAUUUUUAUAUAUAUAUAUGUGUGUGUGUGUGUGUGUAUAGAUAUAUAAUCUCUACCUUGACUGUUUUAAAGCAUUGUUCACUCAUGAAGCAUAGUUCAGUCAGUGGGACUCAAAUCUUAUUACACCUCACCUUACUGGAGAUUGAGUUCUAUAACUCGGCGGUGGUUGGGUUGCCUAGAGGAUGUUAAUUCUGCCAGCCUGACGUUAAUCUGUAGACUUGUUUGGGGAACCACUGCAGUGGGCCAUUGUUACACCCAAUAAGAAGGUGGGGAUUAUUUGAUACUGUGGAGUAUGAUCACAAGUCAAGCCAACACAAAGAAGAAAAACAUUUGUGAAACUUCUUAGAUGACUUGUAACUUGAAGGUAUUAUUUAUAUUGACCUUUCUUAACUCUUUAUUUUACUUAAAAUCACUUUU